GAUAUCUUUGCGUGUUGGGGAGGAGCUCAGUUUAGCCUGGGUUGUUGGUUGAAGUUAGAUUUACAAAGGUCAUAUUGUAAAGUGAGUUAGGAUGAGCUGCUAAAGCGUUGGCCUCACAGUUCUGGGUUCGAUCCCGGCCCCUCCUAUGUGGAGUUUGCAUGUUCUCCCCGUGCCUAUGCGGGUUUUCUCCGGGAACUCCGGUUUCCUCCCACAUCCCCAAAACAUUCAACAGUAAUUGGACACUCUAAAUUGCCCCGAGGUGCGAUUGUGAGCGCGAUCGGUCGUUUGUCUCCGUGUGCCCUGUGAUUGGCUGGCAACCAGUACCGCCUCCUUCCCGUUGACAGCUGGGAUAGGCUCCAGCACUCCCCCGCGACCCUGGUGAGGAUAAGCGGCAAAGAAAACGGAUGAAAUGAUUAUUUUCAAUCCUAAACAAGAGGGGAUCGGUUUUCGGCAUGCGUUCCUUGCCCCGCGUGAAUACCUUAAAGACACUACAAUAUUACGUCUGAAUGAAAGUCCUCAUCUCACUCCCAAAAAGUUCUUCGGGGCCAAGCCAGCACCAGAUACCCAAAAUGUGGACGGCGUUCAUCGGUCCGACAACUGAUCUCAUUUUCCUCCCGCCAGCCGCCGUCCGGAGAGCGAAAGAACGAGCGGGACAGACGAGACGAGGCCCUCGCCGUCGCCCUCCCGAGAUCUUCCGUCGUCUCCUCGCCGCCGUCGCCAUGGGAACCGUGCUGUCCCUGUCGCCCAGCUACCGCAAGGCGGCCCUGUUCGAGGACGGGCCCGCCGCGGUGGGCCACUACACGGCGGUCCAGAACAGCAAGAACGCCAAAGACAAGGGCCUGAAGCGCCACUCGCUCAUCAACGUGCUGCCGUGGAAGCGCAUCGUGGCCGUCUCGGCGAAGAAGAAGGGAUCCAAGAAGGUGCAGCCCAACGGGACCUACCAGAACAACGUCAGCCACUUGAACAGCGAGAACCUGAAGAAGUCGCAGUCGUGCGCCAACCUGUCGUCCUUCGCGCAGGACCAGAGCACGCCGAGCGCCACCAAGGCCCCCGACGACAACCCCUCGGUCAAGAAGGCGGCGGCGGCGGCCCCGGCGGCGGCGGCCGCGCCGGGCACCCCCAAGCGGGUGAUCGUGCAGGCGUCCACCAGCGAGCUGCUGCGCUGCCUGGGCGACUUCCUGUGCCGGCGCUGCUACCGCCUCAAGCACCUGUCGCCCACCGAGCCGGUGCUGUGGCUGCGCAGCGUGGACCGCUCCCUCCUGCUCCAGGGUUGGCAGGACCAGGGCUUCGUCACGCCCGCCAACGUGGUUUUCGUCUACAUGCUGUGCCGCGACGUGGUCUCCUCCGAGGUGGCCGGCGAGCACGAGCUGCAGGCCGUGCUGCUCACCUGCCUCUACCUGUCCUACUCCUACAUGGGCAACGAGAUCUCCUACCCGCUCAAGCCCUUCCUGGUGGAGAGCUCCAAGGAGGCCUUCUGGGACAGGUGCCUGUCCAUCAUCAACCUGAUGAGCGCCAAGAUGCUGCAGAUCAACUCCGACCCGCACUACUUCACGCAGGUCUUCGCCGACCUCAAGAACGAGAGCCAGAAGGAGGAGGAACGCAGCCGCCUGCUCGUCGGCCUGGACCGGAGGGCCAUCGCUUGACCGGCGCUCGCCACCACACGACGACGGUGAAAUUCCUGCACCACCCGCCCCCACCCCGGCACCCUCGAUGCGGGCUCACGUGGACUUCGGCCAGACCGGGACGAAACGCCGGCUGUGGCGUUGAGGACUUGAGACUUUUUUUUUGUGUGAAGGGGAGGGUGUGUGGGGG